AUGUUCUCUUCUGCUGCUGGGAGAGUCAUCCGCUCUUCCAGCACCUUGCCGCCGCCUUCGGUGUGUGCCUUCGCCCGCCCAGCAGCUCUCGGCGCGGGCCAGAAACCCUUCUCCCGUCCCGGCCACCAGCGGCGCUUAUCGUCGUCCAAGGCAUCGACGCCUCCAGACAGCUCGAAUGGGUCAAACUCAGCGCCUCAGGCGCCUGCAAGCGCAGAGAAAACUCCUCUGAAGGAGGCGACGAAGAAUAAUGAGAAGAUGACGCAGAGUGGAAGCAAGCAGACAGGGCGUAGGAAGAAGCAGGCGACUAGAACCGCGGCCCCGACACCGACGCUCAACGUGCCGCAUGUGCUGCCUACCAACGACGUAGAAGUGUCUGAAGUAAAACUAUCAUCCUUCUUCUCGCUUCACCGUCCCAUAUCCUUGGACACCUUCAUACCGCCAGUCGCCUCAAACUCCUCGUUCGAGUCCAUCUUCGCGCCACGUUCUUCGUACACCAAGAAAACCACGGUGGACAACAUUCAAGCCCUCACCAAAGGCAUCCAGAACCUGGAGGCAGUUAUGGGUGCCUAUGAGAAGCAAGCGCCUGCCGAGGAAGCAUCACAGGCUGAGCUGCGGCACUUGGAUGGCCAGUCAUACAUGACUUUGGACGAGCUCACGCGCAAGCUGGUUCCGUUCAGACCGCCGCCACCUCCUAUGCCUUUCCGCGAUCCAGCAGACGUUUACUCGGCCAAUAGCGCACCCAUGUUCGAUACCGAAAUGCCUGGCGCCGAAAACGAGCCUGAACAUUACGAGGUGCGCCAGCCGUUCUACGACCGUAUGGUCCAACGGCAUAACAGGAACAACCGCAGCCGGGACAAUCUGCAACACCCCGAUAUGCUCGCCAUCAGCGUCAAGAGGCAGAGGAAAUUGAAGAUGAAGAAGCACAAGUACAAGAAGCUCAUGAAGAGGACGAGGCUGCUGCGGAGGAAGCUAGACAGGACAUAA